AUGAUAAUUACCACAUGGAUUAUGUACAUUCUCGCCCGGAAAGGUGUAGGGUGCCCCUUCCCACCAAAAACCAGUUCGGACAUCGAAGUUGUGGAAACUGAGGCAAUGUCUGUAUUAGAGCACUGGUUGAAAAAAACCGAAGAAGAGGCUGCCCAGGAUAUAAAGGAGAAGAUGUCCAGCAACUGCCCUUCCAUCCAUGGCGAAGAUAUCCAUGUGACCAGAGAUGUGGUGAAGCACCAUCUCUCAAAGUGCGAUUUGUUAACAAGCCCGAGUCAAGAUGUCCUGGAGGAAAGGACAAGAAUCCAGUUCAUAAGAUGGAGCCAUACCCGUAUCUUCCAAGUGCCAAGUGAGGUGAGAGAUGAUGUUGUGCGCGAUCGAAUAGAGCAGGUGAGACGAAGUUUAUGCCAUCUUUCGGAUGAAUCAUCUCAGAAUCUUGACAGAAAUCCCUACGCAGAGUGCUGAGAGCUACAGGUUGAUGUCCUUCAGGGUCAAGGGGAAGCCUGUGUAAGAAGAGUGUUCACCUCCUCUUUGACCUGAGGAGCAACCACACCUGGACAGAGAGAAUCCAGUGGACGAGCCCUUCCUUGUGACAGUGGCAACACUGGAAUAUUCACAGUGAACUGCUAAUAAAGAGACAUGCUAUUU